AUUAGCCAAGGCAAAAUGGCAGAUAGUUUUAUUCUCAGUAACGGACAAAUAAUUCCAGGAAUUGGAUUUGGUACAUCAAGAAUAUCUCAGGCUGACAUGCGUGAUGUAAUAUUUGAUGCAUUAGAAAGUGGCUACAGACAUUUCGACACCGCUCAUGCAUACAGAACAGAGAGUGCGUUGGGCGAGGCCUUACAAGAUGCGAUUAUCUACAACAAAAUUUCUAGAUCAGAACUAUAUGUUACUACAAAGCUGCCUACAUACCAUAUGAGGAAAGAUCAUGUAGUUUCUUCAUUACGAGAAAGUCUUAAAAAUUUGCGGAUUGAAUAUAUAGACCUAUACCUUGUCCAUGUACCUGCUUCUAUAAAGUUAGAAUCAGAGUAUAUCCCUUAUCCUAGCUGUUCAGCAGAUGACUAUGACUAUCCUGACAUCGUUGAUACAUGGCGGGAAAUGGAGAAACUGGUUGAUGCAGGAUUAGCAAGAGCUAUUGGGCUUUCGAAUUUUAACGCUUCUCAAGUGGAAAGGAUUGAUAAUAAUGCCAGAAUAAAACCUGUUGUCAACCAAAUUGAAUGUCAUGCAUACCUACAACAAAAUAAACUAGUUGAUUUUUGCAAACGUCGGAAUAUAUCCGUGACAGCUUACGCCCCAUUAGGUUCCCCAGGAUUACAAAUCAGAAACAAUGGAAAAUAUUGGGAUUUGUUUGAAGAACCAGUAAUUUCAAAGAUUGCAAAGUGCCACCAACGUACCCCAGCCCAGAUAUGUUUGCGCCAUCUACUGCAGAGAGGACUUAUACUCAUUCCAAAGACAGAAAAUAAAGAUCGCAUGCGGUUGAAUUUGGAGAUUAAGAAUUUCUCCUUAACGAAACAGGAAAUGAGAAAAUUAUCAAAAUUAGACAGUAACAAGCGAAUAUUUUCUUUUAAUGGAAUGAAAGACCAUCCAGAGUACCCAUUCAGCGACCCUUUCUAACACUAAAUCAUUCAGAGUUAUUAUAGUAUAUGAUUCUGUGCAGCUAUUUUUUCUUGAAUUAUUACUUAUCAUUUUAAAUAUGGGUUUGUCAUUACCAUGAACACAUAUCUUAUAUGUAUGUUGAAAAUUUCAAAAAAAACUGUGCGAGUCAUAGGAAAACGUCAAUGACAAAUUUACCGAAAAUGAUAGAAAUCAAAAGACACCACAGUCUUCAGAAAAUACAUAAGUGUCUACACUAGCUCUUCAUUGACCCCCAGUCCAGAAAAGUUGUAAAUUUAUUAAACAGAAUUACAGCCAUAAACGCCCAAUUUCUUUACGGACAAAAAAGUUCUAAAUAUUGAUAAAGUACAACCAUGCACUGAGGUGGUUUCUGAUUGGAAAAGCACAUGAACAUGGCGUUGUUAGACUUAUUGAUUGUUUUUUUCCACUUCAUGAGCCUCCUUCUUUUAAUAUCGACCAGUGGAAUAAUAAAGAAUACAAAUGGGGGAGGGGGAACCGUCCCACGUCAGAAGAUGUUGUGAAAGAUUUCAAUAGUUUCAACAGGAAUUUUAAUAUCUUAUUUCUAGAUAAGCAAGAAGUCGCAAAUAAAAAGUAACAACGAAUGUUAGUGUCACUGAUAUUUGGUUGUCACGUAAAUAUGUGGCGAGGUUAAUUCAGUUUUGUGAGUGCCCAAUCCUGUAGUAUUUAGGUUGGAAGAGAACGAAAUAAUAAGAGUUAAAAACAAUAAAUCGAUAAAAGAAAUCAUGCGUCCUUCUUACUCCGUAUCGUAUAAUGUCUGUGUUCUUCUGUGUACCUUAAUUUGUAUCUACAGCGGUUUAUCAGAAUAAAGUACAUAUAUAAUGCUUGGAAUUCCCAAACCAAAUAAUCUUUAUGUUUGUCAAAAAGUAUAAUGUCUGUGUUCUUCUGUGUACCUUAAUUUGUAUCUACAGCGGUUUAUCAGAAUAAAUUAUAUAUAUAAUGCUUGGAAUUCCCAAACCAAAUAAUCUUUAUGUUUGUCAAAAAGUAUUUAGAAAUCCAGGUUAUUAUACAUUUUGUUGCAUCAAUUUAUUGGAAUUCCCAAGUAUCAAUUGACAAAUAAAGAAAGUGUGUAUGAUU